ACACCUCAUACUGGCAUGACGAUGUGGUUCGGACCUAUGAAAUUCAGCGAGUUGUGGUUUGAUGGUUUCAAACAGAAUAAUAUUUAUGAUACCGGAGCAAUCGGCCAAAAACGACCAUCACCAUAUCUAUUUCCUAUGACCAACGAGUACAGAAACAUACAGUAUGCUUUAGAUGACGGUCCUGGUCUUGGCAACUUAGCAAUUACUGGAUCGUAUGGUGUUGACGCCGGAUGGCCGGAAGAUGACGGGCAAAAAGUGAUGGGAUUUACCUGGUACCGUGACACACCGGAAGGUGUUAAGAGGUAUUAUGUUGUUAGACCGGACCAUCUCUCUGCUGCAGCAGCCGAUUGCCGAAUUCGUACUAACUGGAGACUUGCAAUAUGCGAGACUAAAUAUGGCGACUUGAACCUAAGAUUUAGGCAAAACAACAAUAACAAAGGCGCAGUAUUCGUGCGCGAUGAUUUGCCAAGCGCCCAAAUGAGCAUGAAAAUGGAGCAGACGAAUGGACCGAAAGUAGUCCUUGACGGUAGUCAUUCAUACACAGUACAUUUCUUGGGAGAAAUUCCUGGUGAUAUAAAAGUGACAGGAGAGGGUAUGGAAACAGGAGAUGUUCUCAGGGUUGGAUUUUGUCUUCCACGGGACGCUUCUUUUAGAAUAUCGAGCUUCUGGCCACACAGAUUGAAUGGCGCGAGCUCUUUUACUAAGGUAGAAUCUUUGCAAGAACUUGAUGAGCAAUCAAGUGAGUUAGAUGGCAAGAAAUACUAUUAUGAUGACACUACUGGGAUGUUGUAUUACAAGUUUAUCAAUAUCAAGGACAGAUCUCCCGAAGAAUGGAAUUCGUGCGCCGACGGAAAAUGCCCGUAUCUAAAUAUCUAUGUAGAUUCUGGAACAUUGAGCGACGCUGACUGUAGGCAACGCUUAUAUGGGGAUAAGCUAAACAUGCCAAAGCCUGACAUUCCGACGUAUGAUGACGUCAUACCAGCAAACGGUGCUUCUGUUCCACCCGAGGGAUGGGGUGCUGGCGUGACUCGACCAUUUACAACAAGGGACGUCGUUGAUGGAGGUCUCAGUGACUGGACCAAGUGGUCAAAAUGCUCCGUCACCUGUGGCGUUGGAAUAAUGAAACGGGAAAGAAGAUGUGAUAAUCCGAGGCCUGCAAAUGGAGGGAAAGUAUGUGAGGGAACUCUUUUCGAAGAAAAAGCAUGUUUGGACAAAGAGUGUCCUAUUGACGGACAAUUCACGGAAUGGGCGUCUUGGGGUCAGUGCAUUAAAACAGACGGUUGUGCUGGAUUUUCGUCUCGAGAGCGUACAUGCUCGAACCCAGCGCCUUCACACGAAGGAACAUAUUGUAGUGGAGCCCUGGAGGAGGUCAAACCAUGUACCGUCUGCUAAGCUAUUAAGCUUCUGAUGUUGUAAAGUAAAUGCACCACUUGGAAUUGAUUCUUGUGCGUUUAGAAAUGAAUUAUUUUAAAAUGUUUAACUGACUGCAAAAUAAAACUUA